UCUUGCUUAACGCCUGGAUCGCAGCAGCCAGACCCGCUCGAAUCGGCAGGGAGUGUUCCUAUAGGUUUUUAUGUUAGUUUCAUAAUGACCCUUGUAGUUCAUACACGGUUGCUUACCAAAGUUUGGCCCAGGGUAUUCAUUCAAGCGGACCAUGCGGACCUUGUAAGUCGACUGGUACUGGUAAAUCUGGGUCCACUGCUCAGGCUUAAGAGCACUAGCAUGGCCAGUCUCAUAUUCGUAAGAAACGCUGCCAACGAGGACGAUAGAUCCAAAAUUUCCACGGUCAGAAGAGGCUGCAAGAGUGGGCAAUGUACCACCAGUCUUAGGAAUCAUGACAGCCUCCCAUGGGAUACCGUAGGCAUCAAGGCCGGUACUGGUACUCUUAACAUCGAUAUCAUCUCUUCCGAUGAUGAGAACUUUGCUAUCAACUGUCAAAGCAUGGACGACGCCGGUCAAGAGGGACAGGGUGGAGAGCACGCCCACGAGCGAGGAGGAUGGUCUGCAACGCAUGUUGGUUUCGCAAUGCAAGAUUCGCGACAAAGUUUGAAGACAGGCCGAGAAGACAGGUUGAAGAAAUCAAAAGCAACAAGGGCAGACUAAGAGAGAAACGAGGCUUUAUUAAGGACAUGCGAGUGGCUUGGCGGUCGAGCAUGCUGUGUGUCCUCAAAGCCCCAAUGAUACUCUUGGCGAACAAUGGUUGCACUGCGCGCCGAGGCGACACUGACCAACAACUUGACUCUAGUCGAUCAAGAGAAAAUGCGACAGUCACACUCUGCACCCUCAGCCUUCGGCAUUCUAGAUGCCGUGAGCUUAUCCUUUAGCGAUAGCUCUGUCUAUGCUGCUGCACUCAGACAAGCUCAUGGGUAGCUGAAGACCCGUCACCAUAUCUCACACAACAUCUUCGGUAUUGCAGCCUCGAAACUAAGUAAUACGAGAUUUUAGCGCAAGAACAUCAUGAGGUGACCUCAUUUCAGAGUUUUAUCCGAGGAGUAAAUCAAAUAAAUAGAAAUAAACAGGAUUUUCUGCUUGUUUUGAAGAUAUUGACGCCACACGAGAUCUGGUGUGCGGCUGUUGACCGAGCGGCGCCUGUUGGUCUACUCGCUAUUGUCGGGAUCGCCAUCCUUUCGAAUACGUAGCUACUUCUUUUUUGAGCCAACUGGGUAAGCUGUUCUGGUUCAUGCUGUAACGUCAAGAACCCUUUCCUGGAUGAAAAACGACAAUCGGGGGCGCAUGGGAUGUCUGAGGUUGGGGAUUCCAGCCUCUGGUGAGACAGCAGCAUCCAGACUACCAUUAAUAAUGGCGGCCUUUUUCGCGCUUUAUGAAACAUAAAUAGCUGUUCCUGCCGUAACACGGUGUCAAACCAGGACUAGGGUUGUUAUCGAGGCGAGAAAUGCGACGUUGCACGUUGCCCGCUUCGUUCAAGUCGCGGCUAAAGUGGGCCAGAGUAUGAGUGACAGAACGUCACUCAGCAACGUUUGGUUGCCAGAUGGCUUUUAAACCAACCCUCUUAUUGCCAGCAGCAGCUCUUUCACUACCAUCAGCCAACGAUAGGGUGCCUAUAUGCGGUGUAGCGCAGCUACCUGAUGAGCGGCGGACAGGGAAUUGGCCUUAUAUCGCACAGUUGGCCACGCUCAGCCUCCAAGAUUGAUCCGAUGGGAGGCUCGUUCGAAUCCAGGUUCAUAUGAAAUACAUCCCGAUUAAAGUGGUGCCAUAUUUCUACCGUGGCGUAAAGCUUGAGCUGGGCAGAUUUCGAGAUCAGCUAUUCCCAUGGCUGGCAUACUCGUCUCGACGCAACAUCGUAGGCCGACAUCGAGAGCCUUUACUACGUUUUCAAACUGCGUAAUAUACCAUAAAACUUUGUUUCCAAUGUGAUCGGGCAGACUUAAAAGCCGAGCAAUACAUUGUCGCGCAGGUGAUGGCGAUGCUAUUGUCGAUCAGGCUGUCGUUAUGGAGCGCCCUAAUCGGCAACGUUGCACUUCACUCGGAAACCGGUACCGCGUCGUACAAGUCAUAAAUAGUCACAGGAUAUGCAUAUACAUGUUACAGCAAGCGCUGAGCUCGGAGCGCUGCGACAAUCACAUCGCCAAGUGCAAAAAAAAGAGUGCUGAUCCGGGCACCGGCGUGGGAUCGAAAUCGAGCCAAGGGAUGAUCAUACAGCGAUUGGCCUCUAUUCUGCCUACACUAUCAGAAAGAAUUAGCGCUUGUUACUUCGCAAAUAAGUCGGGUGUAGCAAAGUAAGGGGUGAAUUAAGCAAGUUCAGAAAGAGUAGUUGUUUGGUUAAAAGUGGUAAUCAGCAGCUCCGAGGAGCGUCAUAAGCCGCGGUAAUUUCACAAGGAAAAUUCAUCAGAUGCUUAAUGUGAAGGGCAAGGUGAAGAGUGAGAAAAUAGAGGAGAGAACAUACAGUAGGCAAUUGUCGCCAUUGCAGGCUGGACGGAGUAUUUUUCCACUGAAGAAGUAAGAUGCAUAGUCCAAGAUUUGACAGCUCCAGCAGCUCUUGUGGUCCUGGCUGACAGCCUCAUCCAGUCACGUGGGAAAGGGCGCAAAUACUGCCAGGCAAUGACGUCAAAUAAAACGGAAAGAAAAGCAAGUGAUUAAUAUUGAUGCCAGUAAAUCAAAAUUAACGAGGGUUCAAUGCUAACGAUUGUAACCAACAUAAUGUAGAACGAGCGCCAUUAUCAAGCACGGAGCUCGGCUUGCUUCCGCCACCAGAUACCCGCGUCUCGACGUGAAACGGCCAGAUGUUACCACAUCAGGUGACCUCCGUGGAUUGCUAAGCACUGGAAGCCAAGGGGUUAAUACGGACGACUUCAUUCACCAUCUCUGGCUAUGUGAGCCAUUUUUAUUCGCAUUUCUUUAUUAUUCUCUUGUUGUUCUUCCUUUUCUUGAUAAACGACCAAAUCUCAGGGCUCCCAUAGCUCGUUAUUGGCCACAUUUGACGACUGCAUCAGCUGGGUUCAUCACAUGGCCUCCUGUCACAUCCGUCUUUUACUCUUUUAAUCUUGAAAAUUCAUCACGGAAUUCUACACUUACCUGGAUAUUCAAAACUAUUUGUUUCGUUCUAUACAUCAAUAAAAUCCGGUGGCAGGCCCUCGGAGUACACUGAAAGACGCAGCAACACGCUUUUACCAGGACACAUGCCUCACUGGCUCACGUUCUAUCGCUCAUAAUGCAGUUAUUUCAAAGCAUCCGCUAUGGCCAUGUUGAAUCGGUUAACGACUAUGCCGGUGUCUUAGUCCCCUUAGUGGAAGCCCAUCUUCAUAGCCACUCGGCUCGCACGGGGAGAGUAGAAUUUGAAGCACGGGAUCUAAGCUCGGAUGGCGAUGAAGAGGAGGGAGUAAAGGAUGGCAACGAUGAUGAAUCGGAUGGCAUGUUACUCAUGGAUGCUGCUGAGUAUACCAUAGAAGGGUUACGCAAGGAAAUGCGCCGUGGGAGACGCGGCCAGUGGACUGAAUAUGAGAUCAAGUCUAAGCUUAUAAAUAAGGCCAUUCAAGACAUAGGGAUGGGCUACUACAACUGGCAACUCUUUGUUCUUUGUGGCUUUGGUUGGUUUGCUGACAACCUAUGGCUCCAAGGCGUAUCUCUGACGCUGCCAUCUUUAUCCGGCGAGUUUGGAAUAGAUGAAAAGACUGUUCGCUAUACUACCAGCGCGUGUUUUCUUGGUCUUUCUGUUGGAAGUUUCCUCUGGGGCAUUGGCGCCGAUUACUUUGGUCGCCGUAUCGCAUUCAAUAUGACGCUUCUAAUCACCAGCGUCUUUGGUAUCAUGGCCGCCUAUGCACAAACUUGGGGUGGCGUUUGUUUCUUCUUCGCAGCAUUCGGCUUCGGUGUGGGUGGCAACCUUCCAGUCGACGGCGCCUUAUUUCUCGAGUUCUUGCCCGACGCUUCCAGCGCUUUACUGACGCUGCUGUCGGUUUGGUGGCCCUUUGGCCAGCUGGCUUCCUCCCUUGUUGCCUGGUUCUUCAUUGCCAGAUGGCCCGUCGAGGAAGGUUGGCGAUACUUCAUUGUCACUAUUGGCCUUGCUACGUUUAUCAUGUUUAUUGUGCGCUUCUUCUUCUUUCGCCUGCUCGAGUCGCCCAAGUUCCUCUUAAACAAGGGUCGACAGGACGAGGCUGUGGCCGUUGUACACGCCAUUGCAUUCCGUAAUAAUCGCAAGACCUGGCUGACGUCUAAAAUCCUCGAUGAAGUCGCUGCUUCAGAGGAUGGAUAUGAGCAAGAUACCGCAGCCGCUCCUCUCCGCUCUUCAUCAUCAAGCUUUAUAAAGGAUAAGUUAAAGAGCUUUUCUGCUGAUCGACUGAGACCCCUCUUUCAGAACAAGACUUUGGGUAUGGCGACAGGACUUGUUUGGUUCUGUUGGGCGUCCAUUGGUAUGGGCUAUCCUCUCUUCAACGCAUUCUUGCCCCAAUACUUUUCCCGCCAAAAUAACGGCGCAGGCAGCAGUGUCGCUUCAGAAACCGACCAAAUCUCUGAUGUCACUUACCGCAACUAUGCCAUCACAUCCAUCAUGGGAGUCCCGGGCAGUCUGCUUGCUGCUUACCUAGUUGACCACCCAUCGCCGUUCUUUGGUCGCCGUGGCACCCUGGCUAGCUCCACGCUAGUUUCUGCCAUCUUUCUCUUUAUUUUCGUGCUAUACGGCACCAAUCCGACGUCGCAGCUCAUCUUUUCUUGCAUCGAAGCCUUUGCCCAGAACAUCAUGUAUGGUGUUUUGUAUGCUUUCACGCCAGAAAUCUUCCCAGCUCCCGUUCGCGGCGCAGGUACCGGCAUGGCGAGCUUCUUGAACCGCAUCACUGGCUUAAUGGCCCCUGUCCUCGCCGCGAAUAUCCCAGGUGAUGGUGCAACUGCGCCAAUUUACAUUUCAGCCGUGCUGAUUUUGUCUGCUUUCUUGGCCAUGUGCCUCAUUCCAAUCGAGACUCGUGGAGCAUCAAGGCUCUAAGAUCUCCUAAUGUAGUAUUACUUGUUACUUUCCAUUUAUUAUAGCCACCUACAGCAGGCAAUUCGCGAAAUACAAUUCAAAAUUCCCUUUAAUUAAAAUGUGUCUACCCGUUUUAUCUAUUACCCUUGGCCCCGGCGGGUGCAUCCAUGCGUCUACGUCUAAAGGACGUACCAAGUGCAUCUCGAACCAUGGGAUCAGCACGGAUUGUAUUUUGAAUAAGCCACUCCCUCAUUUUGCCUUGCAGGUUGGAGACUGCCUCGGCGUCUCCUUUGAAUGGGGUCAACUCCAUGUCGAGCAAGCGCGCAACAUCGGCGUCGAGCUGCCUUGUAGAUUCUUCCAAUCGCUCAAGUCCUUGUCUCAGUGCUUUCUGAUCAUCAUCGACCAUUUGUUGCUCGUUGGGGCCUCCAAAUUGUGCUGCCAAGAUAGGUCCAAUCUGGGACAUGGCGAUAUAUACCGUAAGGGCGAGUUUUCGGGCCAGUUGCACGAUCUGGAAUGGCAGAUAAGGGGGGUGUGAGCCAAAGAUGUUCAAAAUAUAGUUGAAAAGGCUCACAAAGGGCAGGAAAUUGGGGCGCGUAAUCGUAGUGAUUUCGAAAAGACAGAGUGUCAGCAAGAUCAGCCAACGGUAGAACUUUGCGAAAUCCAUGUAUCCAAAGAGGCCAAAGAUGUAGAUUGUGGCUGCUGCAACAGCAUAGUAGGGCAGGAUGAUAGACAUGGCGCCAUGGUUGACAAAAUCCUUAAUGGUAACGCACUUUUGCCAGGCUAGCAUAUCGGGACCGAACCGCUCGUAGGCAAAGCGCUUUGCGGCGUCCUGAAGGGUGUCGCUUGCCAUCUUGAGGUGGAUGAAGAAGGACGCCGCAUCUUGAUCAUCGGUACUGAUCUUGUCGGGGUGGUGAAGGGCAGCUAAACGACGGAAUCGUGACUUGACCUCUCUGUCGCUGGCGGUUAUGGGAAUGCCUAGCUCUGCGUAGAAAGAAGGACUGCUCCGCAAUUCGUAGUUGGCUUCGAAGAUUGUGUAUGCUAAGUACGCUGUAACGACGAGGAUGUGAAUAUUAUUGCGAUGCGAUGUGUGUCGAGGGCUGCCAGGCAUCGGCUUUGGGUCACCGGCCCUGAUCGUGAUUCCGUAGUAGAUGGUUUGGACCCAUGAUGUCGCGAUCUGAAAUGAGCAAGGUUAGUGUAGGUCUUUAUCGAGGAUUUCACGAUUGCAUAACAAUACAUACCGACGGCAAAAAUGCCCAGCCAGCAAGCGAGAGAAGCUGGGACAUGAUGCUGAUGGGUUGUGUUUGGAGUCUGUUCUUUCCCUUGCGAACGGUUGACGAUACGUGUAGCUUCUGUAGCGGGCGGCUACUGAUAAGAUAAGGC